GCGUCAGGCGUCGAUUUGAAUUUCUCAAACUAACCUCAGUACGCGGACACUCCUUGAUUUCUAACCUCAGAGUAGUGAGUUUCCGCUGCAUAAAUAGUUGUGCGCAGAAAAGUAUUUACAGAAGACCGUGAUGUAAUUUUGAGUGAAUUUUUGGGUAUUUUGGAUGCAUAUAUGAUGAGUUAUGACAACUUAUCCUGUGCCAGUGGCCGUGUGAUGCGUUAAAACCUCCGCGAGAGCGUCGCUAUAUCCUACAGCCAUUUAGUCAACGGCCACAAUGGUCGAUUGUAUUUUCGGCAAUAGCGAGGGCAUCGAAGCACCCAGCCGAAUAGACCAAACACGACUCUUCUACCAAUGAAGAACGGAGAGGCCGUCUCUUCGCUUGAAAUCAACUGAAAGGUGGCCCCUGAAAGCAGCACCCCAAAGUCGUAGCCUGUCCAUGAGAACCUGAUGAGAAAAAAGGCAGUAGUUGUCCAAUCACAACCUCAAAUCCCGGUCCCCUAUUUUCACGGAGCGCUCAGCGCUCAAUCGAACAGCUCCAAAGUUGAUUUUUGUGACAAAACGAGUGCCGAUUCCGUGUCCACAGAUUUAUUACUUUUUUUUUUUUACAUCGUGAGUGACUGUAUUAAGGAAUAAGAGUGUUGCGUUAUAGUGCCUGAAUAAAUCCAUAACGGAUAAUAUAUAAAAUAUAAAAAUUCCGGCUUAUAUGUGCACGACAACAAUUUUAGCAAACACAUGUUAUAAAAUUUAUCACUUGUCAUAGCUUGGAUAAUUUUCGCGUUCACUACAGCGCUAACAGCUAAUUGUGAAUACUGAGGGAAACUUGAUUGAAUCUUUACGCUUAUCUUGACCCUAUGCGUGGUGUCGACCAAACACCAAUGUUUGUAUUUUCUGUCGACGCUGUCUACAAAAGCGCCCAUGAAUGUCCUCAGCAGUGUUACAGCCAUGGAUGUUGACUGUCCUGUAAUCACCUUAAAGCGAUCUAGCAGUGCUCCGAUGAUUAACGAGAUCAGUGCUACAAUGUCUGUCACUUCGACGUCUACCUCUGCUCCGAGAGAUGCUGUCUCACCUUUCAAUUUGUAUUCAAAUUUACCACGGACAAGACGUUUUAGUACCAGUAGUCCUGGAGGUGGUGGUAUACCACGUCUUACUCCGAGAGUGAGUCAGCUGCGACAGGAAGAAUGCGUGGAUGUAGCUGGUCGUGAAGCUGCACACGAAAAAGAAAUACACAGUGCAAUGCAAAUGUCUCAAUCAUGGGAAGACCUCAGGCUGGAUGCCGAAGGCCUCUCCUUUAAAGAGUCAGAGUCUCCUAGUCAUCAGCUAAACAAAUCAGACCGACAAAAUUCCAAGCGAACUAUUGAUCCUCUAACUUUGAACCUCAAUGCUGCUGGACCACCAUUGUGCUCCUCACCGUCACCUACUAGAUCAGGACUCGGACAACGACAGUGCUAUUCACCUGGAAUUCAAAUGACUUGGAAAAAUAAUCUUUCUCCUAGUCCUACUAGAAAAGCUUUCGCAACAAGGCGUAGCCUCAGCCCAAUAGCCACCAUUCGUGCAAGCUGUCUGGGCCCAGUUAAGAGAAAGUUUGAAUUAGAUGACAAUAAUGGAGACCAACAUCUGCUACCUCCAGCUAAGAGAACAUCAAGUCUCGUUAUUUCGCACUCCAACAGACUCGAAGGAAUAUCCAGCCCGCUACCAGGGUCACUUGGCUCUGUGGGAACACCUGAAUCUUUGUCUAGUGCAGACUCGCCAAACUUCUCUUUCCGAAUUGCCGACAGUCCAUCUCCUGGGAGAAUCUUAUCAAGUGGGGACGAACCAAUGUCUGAUUCGUCAGGUGAUCUAACUAAAGCUUCCGAUGAAGUCCAAUCAAAUAAUAUCACUCAGCAUAAUCAGAGGUGAAUAUAUUUAGUUUCUAACCAUUUAUACAUAAACGCGUCAACUUUACAACUUCAAUGUUUUGUAACAUAGUACGAUCUGUCGAUCGUUAAAAAUUUUGUGUAAUCUUGUAGAAAUGAUAAAUAAAUACUAUGCUGAUUGCUACUUGCCCAAAGGUGCCACAGCUGAAUGCAGAUGAAUUAAUUCUGUAACAGUAUCGAUGCGAGAUUUAUCAGUCUCGAGCAUAGAUUUUAAUUACAUUAAAUUGUCAGGUGCCAUCAGCUUGCAUAAAAGAUUUUUUCGAUUAAGAAUAAUAAAAUCAUAAGAUUUUUUUCACACACUGUAACAAGAAACAAUGUUUUUUUUUCGAUGUUGUAAAUUUUCAGACCUAUUUAUCAAUCGAUAGUUAGUGAUUGUGUAAUGUAGAUAUGAUACGCUCAAAAGUGAGAAGACUUGCGUGUCUCAGCAUCAACUAAACGUUUGAAUACCGUGCAGUUUAAAAUAGAUAUAUGUAUGUAACUAGUCGGGACAAAUCUAGUGAACUAUGAACUGUAUUUAAAAUUGAACCAACUUAUAAUUCUUCCUGGAUCGCGAUUCAAUUUUAACUGCAAGUGCAACAAAGCUCGUUGUUGUUCGUUUACAAUAACGGGAAGCAAAGGG